GACCAAAACCUUCUCCGCGAUACAGCCUCUCUCUCUCUCUCUCUCUCUAAUAAGGCUUUUCAGCUUUCUACGGCUGAGCUCUCGACCCGCUAGGAAGAAUCGGAUCCGAGCGAGAGAAAAAUAAUAAUAAUAAUAAUAAUAAUAUGGGAAUUUGCAGUUCGUCCGAUUCGACUCACGUGGCAACGGCCAAGUUGAUUCUUCAAGACGGAAGAUUGGAAGAAUUCUCGUACCCAGUGAAAGUUUCCUAUAUUCUGCAAAAGAACCCCACUUGCUUUAUUUGUAACUCUGAUGAGAUGGAUUUCGACGACGUCGUCAGGGCCGUCAAUGACGACGACGUGCUUCAGCCGGGUCAGCUUUAUUUCGCUUUGCCGUUGCAUAGAUUGAAAUAUCCGUUACAGGCUGAAGAGAUGGCUGCAUUGGCAGUCAAAGCCAGCUCUGCGCUCAUGAAGAAUGGGACAGAGAAAUGUGGGUAUCGCCGGAAAGCAGUCUCGCCGGUGAUUUUUUCCGGCGAGGAUGUAAAGUCGACUCAGAGAGCAGCUGCCGUAGUUGGCGGUUAUGAGGGUGGGUUGAGAAGUGGGAGGAGGAGAAGCGGUGGAGGAAGAAAGUUCACUGCAAUGUUGAAUUCAAUACCGGAAUAGAGGAGGGGCAUCUUUGGGGAAAAUGGUUUUUGGAUACCAUUUUUGUAAAUACCGUAAUGAUCUGGGGGGGUGGUAAAAUUGUUUUGUCUAGAAUCCGCUAGAUCUGUUUCUGUGGACUGAUAGGUUCUUUUUUUUUUUUUUUUUUUUUUUAUGGUCUUAUUUUAGCCAGUCUCUAAUUUGGGGGUUGUGUUACAAUUUUACCCUUAUAUGGUCGAUGGUCGAUGGUCGAUAAGCAAUGCAGAACAUUUUCUAAAAUUCAAAAAGCUUUGAGAUCAUGUUGCCUAAACUAAACGGAAAGCAAAAGAUCAUUUAUAACCAAUGUAUUUGGUCAAAAGUCAAAAACAAGGAAAAAGAGAAA